AUGGGUGUGUCAUGUGGAAAUACAACUCGGCUCAUCUUUAUGUUAGUGCUUGUUAUAAUUUAUUUCCUGGUCGAGCUGGUCGUUGGAAUUUCUAUACAUUCCAUCUCUCUGGUCGCAGAUUCGUUUCACAUGUUAUCUGAUUGUCUUGCUUUGGUUAUUGGAAUCGUAGCAUCUCAGAUAGCCAAAUGGCCUCGGUCGUCUAGAAAUACUUUUGGAUGGCAGCGAGCUGAAGUGAUGGGCAGUUUGAUCAAUACGGUCGUUUUAAUUACAUUAUGCAUGACCAUUCUUUUGAGGGCCAUUGAACGAUUUAUUGAGACUCAAGCAAUCGAAAGUCCUCAAAUGAUGGUAUAUGUUGGUUGUGGAGGUCUACUGGUUAACAUACUGGGACUUAUUGUUCUUGGCGGUCAUUCACAUGAGGGUUCGCAUGGCGGAAUCGAUUCGGCGGUAGACGCAUCACUAACACCAACAGCCUUCGGUACUACUUUGCCAUUAAAUAAUACUGAUGAAGCUUUUUUACAAGUUAAUUCGACUCAGCCCAUUUCUGGAGUGAACAAUGUGUAUGAUAGAGUGGAUGGUAAUGCCCUACAACGUUUUACCGAUAAGGACCAACAGGAUAAUUUUGAGGCAUCACAACUUGAUACCAACCAACAAAAGGUUGCUGCUAAAAUCAAACAUAAUCACUCGAAAAAGUCUCAUAGAGGCUCGAUGAACAUGCAAGCUGUAUUUCUUCAUGUGUUGGCUGAUUUCAUGGGUUCCGUUAUCGUAGUAGUCAGCGCACUUGUAUUAUUGUUAGUCCCCGGUGAGGUUUCCAAAGGCGAAGCAUUAUGGAAGUUGUAUAUUGAUCCAUCUAUGAGCAUACUCAUGGUUACCAUAAUCUUGAUUACUGCUAUACCCCUUAUGUAUAAAGCUACAUUAAUUUUACUACAAUCUGUUCCUAGUGAGAUUUGUUUAAAAAAUCUUAAAACUCGUAUGGAAAAUAUUGAUGGAAUUCAUAAAAUUCAUGAUCUGCAUGUAUGGCGUUUACAAAGCAAUUGUAUUAUUGGUACUGUUCACAUUCGUUGUGUUAGCUUACCGGACUAUUUAAGUAUUGCUCGUGAAGUGAAACAACUAUUCCACGAAUUCAAUAUACACUGUACAACAAUACAACCGGAAUUUGAAGAGAACAUUGAAGGAUCAAUAGCAAAUACAGAUUAUCGCACAUGUGUGUUGGAUUGUGGUCCAAACAAGAAUUGUCAAUCAGAUACUUGUUGUCCAGCAUCUAAUGUCACAGAAGUACAAUUUGUCCCAUCAAAUUUCAAUUAUGCAUCACAGAAUUCAUUCAAUUUGCCACAAAACAACACUUCUAACACAUCUAAAAAUGAACAGGAUAAUUUACCCAACAAUGACGUACACAUUAAUCUUUCAAAAAUUUCUGUUAGUUGA